GUCUCACUUCUCUCUUCAUUUUGAUAAUGUUUUGAGCCCAAAAGCCCCAAAAUAUUUUAUUUCGAACGUUUUAAACUGGCGGCCGACAGAAGAAUGUAGCGUACUAUAAAAUAUAACUUUACUUGUGGGCAUAAACGCCGGAAGUUUCCCCUUAGCUCGGGGCCAGGCUUAAUUUCCACACCAGGCUUAAUAUACGCACGUAAAACUUUAAAUUUGUAAAAUAACCAAAUAAAUAAAGCAACAGAAUUUACUGCUCCGCAAGUUUUAGUAUGAAUUUGUUAACUUAUUUGUAAAAUAUUUAAAAAUAGAAGGAUUCAAAGUUUUACGUGCGUGUACGUGCGUACGAAAAACGCAACAGUGCCAGUGGAAAUCAGCCUUUAGAUCAUAACAGUAAUGUGCGUCAGUUGUGUAGUCCCAGCGAGUUAACGCUCCACAGAGCGUCUUGUUGAUACUAAAUUCGCACGGAGUAAGCGGCCAUCUUGAACAAUUAGCGACGAGUAGUAAUGACGUAAUUUUUCUUUUUUAUUAAUGACGUAAUGUUCACUUUGUGGCUAACGAUCCAAGAUCCGACACAAAUGCGUGCCGAAACCUAGAGUCGUUGCAAGCUGUGGCCCAGCAACUAAUAAGAAUAGAAAUGUAUUAAUUAGUGCAAAUGGGAAAUUUUUGGUUGCUAUUGUACGUCAUGGGAAAUUUUUGGUUGCUAUUGUACGUCAUGGGAAAUUUUUUCAACGUGGUGUUGACAAAGAUUUUGAAAUGCCGGCAGGUAGGCAAUCACUAUAUAUAUCACAACGAAACUGAAACGGAAAUAUCCUUUCACUCUACGAAACCAGUGGAAGGGCCAAAUAAUAUAACUAAUAAGAAUGGAAAUGUAUUAAUUAAUGUAAAUGGGAAAUUUUUGGUUGUUAUUGUACGUCAUGGGAAAUUUUUUCAACCUGGUGUUGACAAAGAUUUUUGAAAUGCCGGCAGGUAGGCAUUCACUAUAUAUAUCACAACGAAACUGAGUUGAAUCAGAAUAGUGCUGAGUUGAUUCAGAACAGAGCUGAGUUGAUCAUUAGUGGAGUCUAAAAACUAAAUCUUUGAAAAGCAAGUAAGUUAGAAGAAUUAUUUUAUACAGUAUGAAAGUUUUAUUUAUUGUGCACUGCAGAGUUUUCGCAUAAUAUGUAUAGUUACUGCAUGCUUUUUAACUGCGAGACUUAGCUCGAUUCAUACCUAAUUUUACAGAGGGACUAUAACUGACGUUACACGUCUAAUUAUCAUAGUACGCAACACUAGAUUUUUAGAAACCUAAUUUUUUUGGCUUAGGGAACUCUAUGUUUGCAAUGGUGAUUUCAACUUGAUCUACGAAUGAUUGAGUUGUCCAAGGACCAUCAAAAUUGCACAAGUGCGAUGAACGGGUGGAGUUUGAACUCUUUAAAAAAAGAACGAGUGUUUGUUGAACGAGAAAACAUACUAUUACUUAUGCAAAACACGUACUCGGCUUACAUUUAUAAUGAAAGACAUUCGAAAAAUUUUACUCACUCAUUUGAAUGGCAUGCAUUCCUACUUAAUAAGUUUUUAACUGUCAGAAAUCAAAAACUAAAAUCAAAAUAUCCCUUGUUUUGACGCUUGCCACGUAUUUCAUUACUUAGGACAGUAGUACUUUUUUGGCACGUACUGUAUUUCGAUAAAAUUGCACUACCCUUAGCCAAUCAGAAACGAGUAAUUUUCUCAUGUAUGUCAUCAAGUGUGCUAUAUAUGAUAUCAGUUUAAAUCGUCACAGACACAGUAUGACGCUUCUGAAAGCAUUAAUAGAGUCGGCGUUAAUUUUCUUUCUUUGCACAGAAUGUCGCAGAGUAUCAAACUUUACAACGCAGACGGCAAUGCCAAGCUUUUUCACACAAGUUACGGUGAUUUGAAAAACACGGACAUAUACAUAAAGGCUGAGGUUAUUAGCGGCAAGUGGAUUUUGUACCGGACAGCAGACUACAACAAAAGUCUCCAAACUGGCGCACGUCCGUACGAACACGUGGUUUUGUCGACGGCUGAUAAAAAAGUGGUUGAUAUAUCUGACGUCAACGGUUCUUUGUUCCAUGUACCAAGUGCUGUGCAGGCGUUGAUGUUGUUUGAAUUCAAUUAUUACGGGGGAGACAAUCGGGUUAGUGCAACAAGACUUUACUUUCCUUAAAUAUAUUGGUUAGGAAGGCAUUUUGCCUAUGAAUUUGUUACACUGAAUGUUGACCUCGAUGUGGAAAGCCUGAUUACUAGUUUGAAAUUUAAUUUCAAUGCAUUUUGUCAUGUAUCUUUUGUCUCUCGAACAGGAAUACGUUGAAGAACAGGCAGAUCUCGAAGACUUCCCAAAAGGGGCCAGGUCUGCUAUGGUGGGUAAGGACAACGAUUGGCAAGUGUACCCAAAGGCAGGCGAUCAGGGUACACCACAAAAAUUGACCAGGGGAACUGAUUACCAAACAACUGCCGACAUGAAGGUGCCAGUGGUGAAAAGCAUUAAACCAUUUACCUAGUGACAUUUUAGACAUCAAGGUGGCAAGUAUACAGCUCAAUGAAGCUUCAGUAGAAAUACCUUGUAGUGUUUUUGGUUCAAUUGGACUUGUUUUGAAGUAAUUUACAAUGAUUCAGCCUUCUUUAUAGCUUGUAAUUUGUUUUGUAUCAAGAAUUUAUUAAAACAAUUUUUGUCUGGUGUACGAAGUGGCUGUUGAGUUUAUGAACAUUAGUGAUUGAAGACGGAAUUUUCAAAC